AUGAAAAUGUCAAGAACACCUUUGAAAACUCUUCUGUUGUCUGCAAAAUACCCGCAUCCGAACCUUGGAAAAUUAGUUAUCAUCAUAGUUUUGGCAUGAGCGAUAAUUACUUUAUUUUUGUAGAGCAACCCAUGCAUAUUUCAGUAAGCAAGCUUGCUUGGUCUAGAUUCUCUGCUGCAACUUUUGCCGAAUCAAUGUCAUGGGAUGACAAUGCCCAGACCCGAUUUCACGUUGUCAGACGCUCAGAUGGUAAACUAUUGGAUACUGUAUUCGUUUCUAAGGGAUUCUUUACUUUUCAUCACAUCAAUGCAUAUGAAGAAGACAACCAAUUAAUCGUCGACAUCAGUGCUUACAAAGACGGUGCUGUGAUAAAAUGUGGUUACAUCAAAGCUUUAGAGGAGAUGUAUUUGAAAAAUAAGAAUGCUAUUCCUCUGAAAGCCGAAGCCCAUCGUUAUGUAUUGCCUCUGUCCAUACCCGAAGGAGAGAAGGAAGAAGGGAAGAAUCUUGUCACACUUCCUAACUGCUCUGCUACUGCGCGAUAUCAAGCAGAUGGCAAGAUUUUGCUGACUCAUGAAAUUUUAACCGGAUCAGACCCUUGGUUUCAUGAGCUGCCGCGAAUCAAUUACAAAAGAAAUGGAAAGAAGUACAGGUAUUUUUAUGCUAUGGCUAAACAGGAGACGUUAGCAGAUACAAAUCUGAUAAAAGUUGAUACUGAGAAGAAAGAAACAAUUUCUUGGUCGGAGGAGGGAGCACUUCCUUCGGAACCAGUGUUUUUGGAAGAACCUGGAGCAACUGAUGAAGAUUCUGGUGUUUUGUUAGCCUCCCUUCUGUAUCGCGAUGAUGAGAAGAAGGUUUCUAUGAUAGUCAUCAAUGCCAAAACUAUGCAGGAAAUCGGAAGAGUUAAUUUCAUGACUCAAGCAUCUGUACCAGGAGAUUUUCAUGGUGUUUUCAUACCAAAAGAUUAACAGAAGAUUCUGCUAGAUGUUUAACUUUCCAUCGAAGACUGUUUGCAAUUUUUCUGUAUUUUUAUAAGGAUUUUUUCCAAUAAUAUGUGUGCCAUGAUGAAUAAAAUUUAUUUUGUAUGAA